CCAGGCAGUAUUGAAAUAGAUACGUCUUUUGAUUUUGAGGUAGUUUCGAAACAAAUGCAUGCUCAUGUUAGUGGAACAUAUCGUCAUGAAUGGAACGAUUGAAAAUAUCACAAGAUCGGGACCAACCGUUGAUGUUGAGAACACAACCGUGGACAGAGAUGAAAACUUGGCAAAAAUAGAAAUUGCAACUCUUGCGAUUAUAUUCCUCGUCACGGUUUUGGGAAACGGAACGGUUCUACUCGCGUUAUGGACCCGAAGAAGGUACGCCGGAAGAAAGAAGCUGUCAAGGAUGUACUUCUUUAUACUGCACUUGAGCGUCGCCGAUUUGAUUACGGCGUUCCUAAGUGUGCUUCCGCAGCUGGGUUGGGAGGUGACCUACAGGUUUAACGGCGGAGUCGUUUUGUGCAAGGUUGUGAAAUUUGGACAAACGCUUGGACCUUACCUGAGUGCUUACAUUUUGAUGGCAACGGCGAUCGACAGGCAUCAAGCGAUCUGCUAUCCGUUAACGUACUGUUCGUGGACCUCGCGAAGGUCCAAGGUAAUGGUUUGGUUGGCGUGGGCUGCUAGUUUAACCUUUUGCAUACCUCAGUUGACGAUUUUUGCUUACCAAGAAGUGGGCCCUGGUGUAUAUGAUUGCUGGGCUACGUUUCCACAACCGUGGGGUGCAAAAGCUUACGUAACUUGGUAUGGGAUCUCCGUGUUCAUUGUACCUCUAUUAGUAUUGAUCGUAACUUAUAGCUGCAUUUGCCGCGAAAUAUGGCGAAGUUCCGCAGGUGAAUUGGGUCAACGCCAAAGGCAGAAUCACCAACCGAAACCGUUACCGGGAAAGAAGGGGCCGUUAAUUUCGCGAGCAAAAAUUAACACCGUGAAGCAAACCGUCGCGGUUAUAGUUAUGCACAUUGUUUGCUCAACUCCAUUUAUAUCGGCUCAAUUGUGGGCGACUUGGGAUCCACUAGCAAGUGAAAGUCCAUUUUUAGAGGGACCUGCUUUCACCAUACUAACCCUUCUAUACAGUUUGAAUAGCUGCGUUAACCCAUGGAUAUAUUUAGCGUUCAAUCGAGAAUUGCCGCGGCUGCUCUUACGACACUACACUGCCUCAAAUAAAAACUACAGGACAACGGAAACAGGUAACAGCAGUAAUUCUUCAGGUGUCGUCGAGACAACGUCUCUUAGACCAUUUACAAGAUGGUCACUUUGUAACAAUUCAAGGAAUGCGAAAUCCUCCGGCAGACCACUUCAGCGUCACUACGGGGCCCAGUAUAAUGCACGUCGGUGGGUAGUAACGACGGCCACAUGAAGAUUACAGUUAAGUGAGUUUUGUGAUUGCGAACCUUCAGGUUCGUCAUCAUUCGGCGAUCCCGUCACCGAACUCACUGACGUAGAAAUCGAAUUCGAACCAAAAAUCAAAGUUUGUGAAUCUGUGAUGUAAAGAUACUGACUACCAAAUCAUAAAAAUAAUAGGUUAUAUAUUUUAUAUUUUUACUUACAUAAUAUUAUGUACGGUGUACAGGUAUUUUUGGUACUUACGAGACGUAUUCAAUUUUUAACAACGAUUAACGAAUUUUAAGGUAGAAUAAUAUUGCUCCUAACGUUAAUAUGUAUUCAAUUUAAUGUUAGAUAUUAAA